UUUUUCUUUCUCCACUAAAUUCGGCUGCUGGAAAUAAACAACAGCCGCCCACCCCAGACAACACUCCCCUUGUGAACCCUCUCAUUAUGUCUUAUCCAUCGUCGCAAAUUGAAAUAAACAUAAAUCACCUAAGAGAGUGUUUGCUUCGUAACGGGUUUGUUGGCCAUGUGGCUCACCAAUCGGGAAAGGUCUUCCACGAAGUCGAAGAUGAUGGGCUUCUGGCGCCAGUCAAAGUGAAUAGCACAUCUUCGACGUCAGACGAGUUCAAACAUCUGCUAGUCGUGAACGUCAUACGCCAUAAUACUCACAUCGUUGAGCAACUUUUAGAGGAUGAAACCAGAACAACCAGUGGAAUGUUCCCUUUACCAGCGGGAGUUGCUGAAGUCCUCCACGCUUUACGUCCCCUAUUUGCCUUUUUGCAAGCUGAAUCCAUAUCUGACACUAAAAUUCUAGACUGUUUUGUCACAGAGUUGUCUGACCUGUUGGAAAAGUCUCUCCGUUUGCUUGAACAGGAAGACCCAUUCAGUAAAGCCUUAAAGUGGCUAAAGGAAAAAGUCUGCUUUGCAGUAUGGUGUCUCGAACAAUCACUCAACGGAUCAGGAGCCUCCCUGAAGUCGAUUUUGGAGCUAUGCACACAACAACCGUCCUGUUUGAGCACCUUGAAGGUGUUGGGAGGCCUGCAGCUAGUCAAUCAACAGGAUGUUUCUGCCUUUCUGGGCAACUCAUCUAUGAAUGUUUACAGAGGAUUCUUGGUACUCAGCCACUUCAUCCAAUAUCUUUUUAGACCUCUCCAAAAAAUACAAAGCUCUACCGCCAACUUGGAAGACGUCGACAAUCUCAUUAAGGUCAUCAGUUGCAGAGAAUUGUCUUUGCAAGUUAUGGAAGAUGUAUUUUCGCUCUGUUUCUUGAGAAAGGAAGACAUUCUUUUUGAAGAAACUGCGUCGGACAGCGGAGGAGAAGAUAAGAAAUCCGAAGAAUGUUUGCAAUCCAGGAAGAGUGGCGACCCUUCUUGCCCUUCCAAUAGCAACAGCCCCAGCAACACCCAAACGGGAACGUCCAGCACGGCUUUAGCAGGGAAAAAAGGCGACAUGUCCCUCGGAUUUCUGUGUCAAGAUCCUGAUAAACUCCAGAAAUCGCUCCGGAUGCUUAAAAGCCAUCUGGAAGCUGUCGAGGUCGACGACGACGAAGAAUUAUCGUUACGGCAUCGUAAACUGGAGCAGCGCGUCAGUCAAGCGCUUUGGAGACUGCAACUUGUCGACCACAAUCCACGAAUGGCCAACUAUUUCUCACGCCCGCCACAGGAUGGCUGCGCCGUCGUCCGCAAAGCUUGGCUUGCCCGUCUCAACCCAUCCGUGCAGACUUGGUAUGGCUACAGCCCAGGCCGUCGUAAAUUGCGAUCGCCAUGCUCGUCACACCACCAGAGAAAAUCAAAAGACCGGUCCAUCGAUCCGCUACUAAUCAACCGAUUGCUAUCCGACCCACUCUCCUUGAUGGCUACGUCCAUGAUGAAUUCGCAGUUGUCUGCCGCCCGUCAAGUGGCCGAUUUAUAUCAACUUUGGGAGACUCCAGAAGGCAGAGAAUUGCAUUUCAGUUUGGCUCACGCUUCGGCUGUCCAGGAACUUCAACGCAUCGGAAGGCAAGUCGCUUGCAUCGAAAAUCCUGAAAUCGAAAUAAACGACUUUGCCCUGAGUCACGUUCGCUUACCUUCAGCUGUUGAGACGCAACUCAGCACGCUACAACAGGCGGCAGUACCUUCACUAACGGCGGAUGAUGACUGGCAAUCAGCUGUUUUAAUGGCCGAUUUAAUUAAUUCGUCUACGUUAUCAACGCCACAGCUGGACGUCCAAUUACUUAAUUUUGCUUUGAGAAAAGUGGAAGGAACAGUUGACGUUAAUGUUGAGCCGUGGCGAACACUGAAGCGUCUCGCCGAUUGCAGCAAUUAUCACCUGGAACAUAUUGGCUGGCCACCUGGUUCUUUCCCCAUUCAGUCUCAUCUGCCAUUUGAUUUUGAACUAUUACAACAACGCGAUAGUCACCUUGAAGCUGUCCGGCUUGCAUAUAAACGACUAAUCGAUGCUUCGCAACAUGGUGGAUGCCCCCCGGAUGCAUUCGAUUCCGCUUUGGAAGAUUUGAAUCAACACUUGCAACCGCUAGAGUAUCACUCGACAACUCCUCUUCUUCGGAUGAAACGCUAUCUUCACCUCUUAAGGCAGUUGACUCCGUCUCGUUUGCGUGAAGGAAGUGCCGCUUUUCUGCUUGAAGAACACCACGCCGGAGUCUUGAUUGUGGAACGUUUGCGUGAAGACCCAGAAGCCAUUGAACAAAUUGAAACUACUGCCCGUUCUAUCGGCAUUGAGCUGCCAUCAUUCCUGGCUGAAUGCCUUUGCAGUAUCCCCGAUUCCGGAGCCAUAAAACUGGUGGAUCUGUCAGAUCGUGAAUUCGUCGUCAAAUUAAUGACCUAUCUCCACGGCCAUUCUCCACUCUUAGCUCAAGUUGUUGAACUUCAAUUGCAGACGGAACAUGGAUUUUCUCUUCAAGACUCUUCCGUGGGUGAACGUGUUAAUAUCGAAUCCAUGGCCGUCUUUCGGCGCUACCUCCAACGGCCGUCCAAAGCUGGUCAAAGGGAAUUGGCUAUUUCUCCGCCUCUCAUGAUUAGGCCUCCGAAACGGUCCGUUGCCCGUCCAUUGCCGGAUUCUCCUUCACCAGUAGUCGACGCUCAUAAUUCGCUAUUGGCCGAGUCGGAGGAAGAACCAACCGCUCGAUUAGGAGCUCUCAUUCUCGAAGCUAUUCCACAACCGACGGCUAUGCAGGUUGAACAUUUGCUAUCUCAACCGCUUCUCAUCAUAGAACAACUUUUAAUGAACAGCCAAAUGGGUGUAGCUACCGAUUUGAUCAAAGUCAUUCGGCUCAAUGGUCCCGACGAAGAUACCGAAGAAAUCGACAAAAUUCUUCUACGCUACGCCACUAAAGCUCUCGCCCUCGGCUUGCCGGAAAUACCUACGUCUCCGCUGGCUAAAGACUCGCCCGAUGCCCGGCAGACUGGCGAUACACCUAAAAAAAAGAAGAAUAACACGUUUGCACCACCGGCCAGCGUCCCACCGAAAGAUCAAUGGAUAGCAGAUGCGGAUGUGAAUCAGUGCCCGUGUUGUCAGACUAUCCAGUUUUCCAUGUUCGAUCGCCGCCACCAUUGCCGACGGUGCGGCCGAGUUGUCUGCGGUGCUUGUUCUCCUCAUCGGAGAUUAGUCGACGGUUAUGGCGAUGUUCCAGUUCGUACCUGUGUCGACUGUCAUUCGACUUUACAAGAUCGUCCGUCGGAAGCUCUUUCCGCAAUCCGCUUGCCAUCGCAAGAUGGUGGUGGCCAACUGAUGUGGCGCCUCUCGCUGGACGUCCAGCACAAUCAAAUUGCCCGGCGUGAAUUCAGUUACGAACACGCCCCGAAUUUAGCUUUGGCAUUAGCCAUGGUCCACCUUUGUAGUUGCAACGAAACGAUGGCCAAUUUUCUCCUGGAUCAGAGCAGUUCGAUGCUGGCCACUUUGCACCGCUACCUGCUCCACGGCACGUUGAUGGACGUUUGCUCCGAUCCUUUGAUGAUGUUCUCCCUCAUCAAAUCUCUGAUUCUCAGUGCCAAAAUGCGAUAUUCAGAUAUUAUCGCCGCCCCUGGCCAAAGCAAGGGUAAGCCUUCAAGAGGACUGGCCCGUUGCGACGCUCUACUCGGCCAAAUUGAUUUAUUGUCGCUACUGGCCUCGGCCAACUGUCUUCACCUACUUCCUGCUCAACCGCUGUCACAAUUGGAUACUUGGAGAAAAUUGAGGGACCGGCUAAUUGAAAUUGAGUUAUGGAGUUUAGCGUUGGACGUUAGCACCAAAGCUGGACUCGACGCCGGAUCAGUAUGGGCAGCUUGGGGGUUAGUUUGCCUAAAAGCUGGAAAUUUCCAAGGAGCUCGCCAGCGGUUUCAAAGAUGUCUAAAACCAGGAAAAAAUUCUCCUCUUUUGCAAGAGAUUCUCACCGUGCUGGAGAGUCUGAGCAUUCCGUGCGCCAGUUUGCCUGGCAACAGGAACGAAAGCAGUAGUGGUUCAUCAUGGACAUCGAAACGGACGCGAAAAUUAUCAUCUCCUUCGUCUCUGCCCUCGCCCGUCUUCAACUGCGACAAUCCGCAAUUGAUUGUGGCUUCGCUGACGCGCUUAAGCGACAUUUGUGCAGGCCACUUGGUUGAAGUAGAAGACAAGAAUUGCAUCAUGGAAGAAAUCCUUUUUUACUUGGAGAAUUACGGCCAGCCAGAAUCGCCCUGCGCCUACUUGGUGGAGAAAAGCGGCCGCAUUGAUCUGGCCGUCCACCGCUUUGCCUCAAGUAGCAGCAGCCGCCAUCAGACUUCAGACGUCUUCAAUCAGGGUUUGCUUCUGCCCUGUCUGAAGUCGAGCAAACUCGAAGAUCUAGUCAUUGAGAUGAAGCGUCACGACGCCAGUUUCCACUCGUGGAAGAGUCACCUGCUGGCCGCUACGCAGAUGCUAGAGACGAAAUGCUUUUGGAAUAGUCUCUAUCAACUGCAUUGUCUAUCAGGUGAUUGGAUUAGGGCCAGUUUGGUGGCCAUCAGACGACUUUACCUCAACGAUCUUUUCAGCGUCGAGACGCUUGUUGCACGUUCCCAUUUACUGGAAGAUGUUGUCGCUCACCUGAAUCAGUAUCUUGCCCGUCAAGCAGAUCUAGGCGACCAAGGAGAAAACGACAGGCAGUUGCCUCUAUGGUGGCCAGCGAAUGAAGUGAUUGCACUCCAGAAAACUAUCCAACUCCAAAUGAAAGUCACGGCAUUUCUGGACGGCUGUUUAAAAGAAGGGAAAUUAUCAAGCUCUUUUUUGGCCGUCGUGAAGAGCGUAACACAGUCACCGGAUGGGAUCAGCGGUCCUUCCGGCGAUUUGAACAGCAACAAUAGCAGCGGCGUCUACUUAAUUCCGACUCUACUCGGCUCUCGGCAAUUCCGCUGUUCUAACGCUGUGCUGGUGGCUUGCGCCAGUCCGGAUGCAAUUGCCUUUGAGCUUUCGUGGACCAUUUGCAGCGAUUUACGCGUUCGAUUAGACCGAUUUUUCCGACUUACCUCUUUUGUUCUGAUUCGUCUCGGUCUAGUGCCAGAUUUAAUCCACCUAGUGGAAUUCAUUAAAGCUCGGAUGACAAGUCAGUCGGUUGGCUUCUUUGACAUGGAUGAGCUUCUAGUCGAGUGCGCCACGCUGGUACAGGAACGCGACAAAGAGAACAGGAGUCCCGAUCUUGAACUUAUUGUUCACCACAUCAAGAAGCCCGCCAGCAAAAUCCGUAGUUUCAUUAAUCUCGGCUGGUUAAAGGCCGCCUAUUUGUUGGCUGUUAAAAACGGCCAAACCACCGAUGUGAUACAUAUCCAACAAGAGGCGACUCGUUUACAACAAACAGCCGUUUUAACCCUCUGCGAUAAAUGGCUGCGUGCUCGUAACAUUGCUAAAUGAUGAAAAGGGGCUUGCGACAUUGUUUUUUGUCGCAACAAUGAUUUGGUUUCUAUUUUGUUUGCUUCCUUUUUUUACGUAAACUUUCAGUGCCGGUACUCCGAUUAUUUCCAGUUGCAAUAACAAAAUAAAAACAUUCGUUACGUAAUGAACUAAAUUUCUUUCGUUUUACAGCACUCUUUGAUACGUACGCUUCAAAGAGCGCCGUUUCUCUAAUUUGUCUCUUACAUACUUCUAUUUCGUUUGCGCUUUGUUGGAUGUUAACUAUCAUUUUCCAAUGUCUGUGAUGUCUGAAUGAGAAUGGAAUAAUUUGUUCGUGGAUGAAUUCCCGUUAAUCAAAUGAAUUCCUUCACAUCAAUGUUUGUACACAGGUCCUGUCACAAAAUAAAAAUUUUGAAUUAUG